UACAAUAUCCAAGGAAAAUUCUAGGUUUUUAUCAAAUGGCAAAUGCUUAUUUUUUAAGUAGCCACUGACACAGGUAGAUUCCAUGUCCUGUAAAUACAGUAAGUCUAGGAAUAAAGGCCUGUUUUAUUAUGUCAGAGGUAGAACUGUAACUUUAAGUAACCAGGAAGUGAGGAGUGAAUAUUUCCAGCUGUUAUAACAUGUUUUGUGAAUUUCAACGACAUUAAAGGAAAUUUGAUGACAGUCAGUACUCUGCGUUGACCAAGCAGGCAAACUAACACCAACUGAAACCUCAUCCUGCCCUUUUAAUAUUUUACAAGUGAUGAGAAUUUAGCAUAUCGCUGAAACAAGCAGCUUUUCCACUUCUACUCUUUUGUUUUUCCAACCAAGACCUACCUGCAAACAGACCAGUACACACACAAGAAGUUAAACAUGCAUUUAAACUCUAGAGCUGAGAACAUCCCAAUGUCUCUGAACUUCUUGGGGAGGAAGUUGCGAAAUCACACAGUGGCCCCAGCUGCUAAGCAACGGGCAUGGGAGGGAACUGGUCCAUCCAGGUGUGCUGAUGAGAAUAGAGGUGGUCUGUCCAGAGUGGUGAGAAAACAGCCACUGGUGUGUGUGCAGAACGAGUUGCCAGGAAGCAUACAGGAGCUGAGGGAGGAAAUGAGGCAUCAACCCUGUAAUGUUCAUAACACACACCUUGACCAGGAGAACAAUGCAGGUAAGAUCCGUGUGUUUUGCCGUAUAAGGCCUCAGACACGGGCAGAGCUAUUGAGGGGCAGCACCACCAUCGUAUCUUGUUUAGAUGAUUACUCCGUGAUCCUAGAAUCUCCACGAGGCCCUCGAGAGUUUCAGUUUGACAGAAUCUUCACUACAGAGCACACACAGGAUGAUGUGUUUCAGGAGUCCAGCAGGCUAAUUCAAUCAGCAAUUGAUGGCUUCAAUGUGUGCAUCUUUGCAUACGGACAGACUGGCUCAGGAAAAACUUUUACUAUGUUGGGGGAUAGAGAGCAGAAAUACCCUGGAAUCAUCCCCAGGACUUUUAAUAGGAUAUUUGAAAUCAUCCAAGAGAAUGAGACAAAAUUUGAGUUCAAGGUCUUGGCUUCUAUGUUGGAGUUGUAUAACGAUCGGCUACAGGACCUCUUUGUGAGCCCAGCUGAGUCACUGUCAAAACGCAUCGAGAUUAAAAAGGACAAAAAGGGGCUUGUAUUUGCCCAAGGAGCAGAGGCAAAGGAAGCGACUAGUGCUGGAGAGCUCUUUGCUCUCUUUGAACUGGGUUCUGCCAACCGCCAUAUUGCAGCUACCAAGAUGAAUAUAGAAAGCUCUCGUUCUCAUCUGAUCAUCAGCAUCAUGCUGGAAAGUCGCAACCUGGCAAACGGCAGUAUGACGUAUGGUAAGCUGAACCUUGUUGACCUGGCAGGAAGCGAGAGAGCGGCAAAGACGGGAGCUAAAGAUGACCAACUGAAGGAGGCUAAUUCUAUUAAUAAAUCUCUGAGUGCCCUGGGUGAUGUGAUCUCAGCUCUGGCUUUGGAGCAAGCUCACGUUCCGUACCGCAACAACAAAUUGACACAGCUCAUGCAGGACUCCCUGGGAGGCAAUGCCAAAACACUUAUGUUCCUUAACGUCUCUCCUUCUGACUGCAACCUGGAGGAGACCCUUACUUCACUUAUAUAUGCCUCACGAGUGAAGGCCAUCACCAACCACGCACAGAGGAAUAUGGAGAGCAAAGAGAUCACUCAACUCAAAGAGGUGAUUUUGAGACUAAAAUCAGGACAGACUGUAGAAGAGGAAGAUGUAUGAAAGUUCACUCAAAUCUGGCACUCUUUCUCUCACACUUUUGGAGACUUGUUGUUUGUGCUUGAACUGAUGUAUUAAAAUAAAGAGACUAAC